AUGAAUGAUCCGUCACCGUCGCCGCCGAAUAACUUAAUAAUCCAGGCGAAUCCGCAAAUUGCCGCCGCUCUCGCCGUUACUUCUGUAAGAAUCGAUAAUCUGUGCCGUCCCUCGCUCCCACCCCACUUUGUCUCGUCUUUUCUCUCCUAAUAUCCAUAAGCAGCGUCAUGAAUAACACAUAGGAAACAACACACAAAAAUGCAAAAAAGGCAGAAGAAAAGUGCUGUGCGCUUCGCUUUUGCAGUGUCCCUGUCCGUCCGGCCGCCGCCGCCGCACCGAAAAUAUUACGAGCCGUGAAUAAAAAAGGAAUAAAAGACGGGAAAAAGCGAAACGUUUCGGCUGUUCCUCUGUGUGUUCGUGCUUAUUCAUCAUCAAUCGAUACUCCCCAUUCAUCCCGAGCUUCGUCCGAACCGUCCAUAUUCUGCAUUUCUGUAACUAAUUCCCCUAAACUAUGUGGCCCUAUCACAAUCCGUUCAAUGUAUUCCAAGCGCCAUUUCAGCCGAUGCAACAGCAGGGCGUCCCGCCGCAACAUCCCGGGGAUCAACAAUUUAUGGGCUCGCCCCCGCAGCCGCCCAUGGGAAUGAGCGGUCCGAUCCGAAUCCAGCCGAUGCAGCAGAGUAAGCAAUCAGAAAUGUAUUAGCUCAUUAUUAAAAUUCCCAUCAGAAUUUUUAGUGCGUCCGAUGCCGUACCCGAACCAACAAAUGCGUGUCCAAGGCCCUCCGCCCGGAAAUCCGCACUUUUCUCCGAUGGGAAUGCAACAACAACAACAGUUUGCACAGAACGGACAGCCCAUGCAAAUGUCCCGUCCGAUGGCACCGCCGCCAGGACAAGGGGGCCAAAUGCCGAUGGGUAUGCAGGCGGGACCUUCCGGACAUCCGAUGGGAAUGGGCGGUCCGCCUCCGCACAUGGUUCAGCAGCAAGGCGGUCCUCCUCCGCAGUUUGUGGUAAAGUUUUGAAAAAUAUUAUGGGAAAGCAAACAUUUUUAAACACACUGCCUAAUUUUCAGCACAAUUCAUCGCCGAUGCCGCCUCAACCGCUUUCCCGUCAAGAUCAGUACCCUCCGAUGGGUCAGGAAAGAAUUCCGCCACCGCAACCACCCCUGCAGCAGCAGACUCAGCCGCCGCUACAGCAGCAGCAGCAGCCGAUCAUGAUGACUGCUGUUACGUGCGGAGCCAUUAUGGACAAGAUCAAGCUGGACGAGCUGAUGGCGCAGAUCAGCACGACGACGGUGCUUGAGGAGAACGUGAAGGAGGUGCUGAUCGAGUACGCCGACGAUUUUGUGAGCGCUCUGAUCGACAAGGCGUGCAAGAUGAUCAAGCAUCGGGAGGUGAAGAAGAUCGAGUCGAGGGACAUCGAAUUCAUUCUCAAAAACUGCUACAACAUGCCUGUGGUCAGCUUUCUUCUUUAUUCCUUCCCUAAAAGCCCCCUAUUUUGUUUCAGGCUCCGCGAGCUUCUACCCAGGUCUUCGGCGGUCACAGCGAGUCAGUCAUUGAUCUUUCGAAGGAGAAACACAUUCCGACAGAGGCGCACAAGCAGAGACUCGCCCUUUUGAAGAAACAAAUCCGAAAAGUUUAA